GCAGAGAGAGGAGCGUCAGCAGCCUGCGUGUCUCCUCAGACGCUGAGGGGAGUAGCUGAGGAAGGAGGAGGAGGGUGAGGAGAAAGGAGGUGGGGAGGAUUUCAGCACGGGAGCUGUUCAGUGCUGCUUGUGGAGGAGUCUGGAGCUGAAAUAAGAGGGGCUGUUGCGUCCGGCUGUACGUUUUCCUGCGGUGAGACUCAGGGGAUAAUAAACUGCUGUCAUUCAUUUUCCCUGCGGGGCUGCAGACGGGGCCAGCCGGCGCGCGCACACUUCAUUCCUGCCAAGUCCUGCAAUGCUGGACGGCCGGGAUUGAGACGGGAAGGGUAACGUGUCCGGCAACAGCCAAUCUGUCCCCGUUACGGAUGAACAUUCACUUCAUCUGGUUCCCCGACCGUCAGACACUCAGGCAUUGCAGUGAUUUCCAAAUCACAGUCUGCUGAAGCCAUGGGAGUGCUUAUGUCAAAGAAACAGCAGGUGGAGAAGGUGCAGAAAUGCAGCGCCGUCGUCUCUGCCUUUCAAGCGGGACUUAAAGAACGUGCUGCUAAACCUACUGAAGGGGAUGCAGAGGAACAUGAAGCUCCUGCCAAAACAUCAGUCAGCACUGAUGAGAAAAACACAGAUGAGGAGAAACAGGAGGAGACUGACAAUCACGCCGGCCCGUCGACCUCCCAACAGGCCUCGGCUCCAGUCAGGGAUGAAUGUAAAGUCAACCAGGAGGCUUGGUCAAGGUUACGGGACGGAAAGGGAGUAGAGCCAGAGGAAUUAGACAAAACUCAUCAGCUUACUCCUCCUGCUUUUGUGCGACCAAAAAGGGAACCUGAUGAUGAUCAGCCAAUUGAGAUUGAGCUGGAAAAGAAAGAGCAGCCACCCAGCGAUGAGAUGUGCGACGUUUGUGAGGUGUGGACGGCCGACGACUUGUACACCUGCAGGAUCUGCACGCGAGUGUUUCACGACGGCUGCUUGAGGGAGCUGGGCUACCUGCGAGCUGAGGCCCUGCAGGAGAUGAAAGAUACAGCCCACACUGAUACUGGCUGGAGUUGCUACUACUGUGACAAUGUCAACCUUCUCCUGACAGAAGAAGAGAUGUACAGUCUAAUGGAGAUGUUCAAGCAGUGUAAGAUUAUCCCAGAGUCAUGCCUGGUGUCAGACGAGUUGCUGCAGUACCGCCACAUUGUGUCCAAGCAGCAGUUUGAUAAGGAUCUGAGUGAUGAGCAGGAGGAGGAAGUCCUGGCUCAGUUUGCAUCUCUAGAUCCUGAGAAGAAGGGCCACAUCGAAUGGUCAGACUUCCUCUACUUUGAGUCUCUGGCUGUUUUGAGGAAGUUUCGGUCUGAGAACUCAUUGGUGCGUCUGUUGACUGCAAAAGAGAGAGACAAGGCCAGGUCAGUUUUUCUUGGUUUGGCCAUGGAUAAAGAUGGUGUGAUCACACGAGCAGAAUGCCGUCAGGCCCAGCAGUCCUGGUUCAACAAGCUCAAAGACCCUCAGUCUUGCAACGUCAGACUCAUGGGAUUCUGCUCUCCUAUGAAUUGUGGCAUCAGUCAUGUUGGUCCCAUCUGUGAGAGCAGCCCCGCCAGCUCUGGCAGUGAGAGAAGCAAGACUGAUGAAAACAGGCCAGUGACCUGGGCAGACUUUUUAAGGGAGAGUGCCAUCUACAUCCUGGCUGCACGGCCCAAUAGUUCUGCCAUGCACAUCCGGAUGCCUCUAUAGUCUGAGUUCCUCUGCUGAAGCCUGCAGAAAGAGGAAGACAGUCCACGGAUGAGUGGGAGAAGACAGACACGCUGACAUGAUGGCAUGAGGAUGGAAACUAAAGAAACUGGGGGAAGCACUGAGUAAUAGCAGAUGACAUGAUGAACAGAAAAGCUCCUCUUCUGUGUCACUUCUACACCAAAAGACAGACAACACACACCACGUUUGAUUCAGUAGCUAUCAUGGGUCCAAACCAUGAGAGUUUCCAACUUUAUGUAACAAAUAUAACUUGACAGAUGCCCGUUUUUAUUGACAAUCCUGCGUAAACUCCAGGAUGCUCACAACAACACUAUUCUGUGUGAGCUGCAUAACACACCUAUCAUGUGAGUGCAUUAAUGAGACAGGCUGUUACUCUUUCAAGUAUUCAUCACUUUGGGUGCCAUUGUUCUAUUCAAAAUCAAUGACGCUAUAAUGGGCUUGUGCUUCACUAUUAAGAAGUUCAACACGCGGCACAGAGGCCAUUGCAAUUCCUGCUAUUCACACGUAACAUAAGAGAACCGCUACACAUACCAGUAUCAGUUAACAUGCAUUUUAAAAAAGCUGUAUUUAUUCCUGUAUGAUGUAUUCUCUGUUCCUCCCAUUUUCAUCCAAACCUGUGUUGUCCUCAAACACUAACUGUGAAAAAGAAGUGAACAUUAAUGAAAGUUAACCCUGUAUAUAUGCACUACCAUAGAGUAUGUAUUGCUCCUGUCGCGCUCUCAAGAGUCACGCUACGAUGAGGUGAAAAUUGCUUGUGCCCCCCUAAGCACACCAAUUGCACCUGCCAAAUGAAUGAGAUGCAUUUUAAUUAUUGUUUGACAUAAUCACUGUAAUGAAAGGAAAGUGUAACAUGAGACGUAUAUACACAUGUAUAUAUUUAGCCUUUGCUAACGAGCAGAAACAUUUAAGAACCUGUAAUGAGAAGUUCUAUUAUUAAAGCAUUCUAUAAAACGAUGGCCUGUAAAUGAGACGUCCUUUUAAAUCACUGGGCAUUGUGUAGUGUUUAUGAAGGUUGUGUGUCAUGUCAUCAUAAUGAAUAAAGAAGAGAAAUGAAAGGAAACAUGCUGGUCAGAGAGAUAUGUCUUGUUGAAAUAAAUGCUGAACAUUUGCACA